AUGGAUCAGCGGUUUGUGCCGCUGCCUUACACCAACGAGAUCGACACGAAAACAUUUCUGGAGUCAGUUUCUCAUCUACCACCUUUUUUUCGCACCUAUGGCUCAGAGUGGCCUAAAGUUGGAGCCACACUGGCGCUUAUGUGGUUAAUAAGAGGCCUGCGGUUCAUUUGGAUUUUACUGCAAAAUCUAGCGGAUGGAGAAAGAGAUGAGGACAAUCCCAAUCUUAUUCGCAUCAAUAUCACCAAAGCCUAUGACCAAGCCCCUAAGAGGUACCACGGUUGGAUAGUCCAGAAGGUUUUCAAGGCUGCGUUAUUUGCUGCACCAUGCCGGUCAGAUUUUCUAAAAGCUUUAAUCAAGGAUCAAGAAGUUGCAGAGGAGGAUUGCUUAGCAAAAAUUCGUCAGUUCUUGAUAAACUUCACUGCAACUGUAGAUGCCAUUUAUGAAAUGUAUUCUGCAAUGAAUGCUGAACUGGACUACUUAGUUUGAAACAUCCUUCAAAAGGUUGGUUUCUGAAGCUUUCUUAAAUGCUGCAGUUUUCAUACACAGUAUGAGCGCCUUAGAACUGUGGGGUCACAGACUCAUUGAUGACUUUGUCCUUGUUGUAUGACAGUAGUUGUUUAUGCUUGUAUGAACGCAGCAUUAAUUUUCUAGUGUUUAGUGUUGAUGAGGAUGUGCUGUUUGUUGAAGUGAUGAUGCUUUAUCUCCAUUGUUCAGCAAGUUUGUGUUGCCUGUAUUCCUAAAAUAAUAACCUGUAAUCAGUGUUGAGGAACGUUACUUUUUUAGAAUGCAUUGCGUUACUUUCUAAAAAAGUAACUAAUUGCAUUAGUUACUUUUCAUCAAAAGUAAUGUGUUAUGUAGACACAGCAGACACAAGAGAAAAAGGUUCUCUUCAACAAUAAA